CCCUCCACCCCCUUUCCCCAUUUCCCAACUUCCCCCACACUGCCCGCUCCACCAUGCCAAACCCACGCCAAUUCCCACAUCCACAUACAUAUGCAACCCACCCGCUUCGUGGCUGGUCGCGCAUGUGUCUGCUCGUGACCGUUCCUGUGCCAGUGACAGCCUGCUGCUGUGAGCAACACCUCUCACAGCAAACUGAUGCCGGGAUAUAGCCAGGUACGUUCACAGAUGUUGAAAAUCAACCCUCAUGUCAUGUGACCUGACCAUGGCUCCGCAUCUCACCCUGCACAGCCCCUUCAGGACAGUGAUGUUUUCGUGUGGUCGGUCAGGUCACAUUUAGUAUGCAUGUGACAAUGGGGUCUCAACGUGUGAGGACUCUACCCACAGGUGUGACCCUACCCACGGGUGUGACACAUUUGGCCUUCCCAACUCUUAGAGGUAAUUCUGUCAAUUCAGGGUAGCUGUUUGAAUGCUAUUGGCUGCCCUUCGUCGGGAUCCUGCACUGCACAUCUCGAAAGCGCACACAGCCCCAUCGCAGCUUGCUUGCAUAAUGACCUGAGGGCGGAUUAUGACAAUGAUAGUCAAAAUAUUAUGAAUGACGUUGAUGAGAGAAUAAAUUGUUCGUGUGCUCAUGAAAUCCAGGUGAGCAGGCUGACGAGGUUGUGGUCAUGACGAAGCUCGCACUAACGAGUUUGGCGGUCUUCAGCGUGUCCGAACCGAAACCAUCGGCUCGGCACGGUUUGCACUUUUCUGAUGUGUCAACGUUGCUUCGGCAUUGCCCGAACGAGCCUUCUUUCUCGCCAACCUGCGGUUUGGGCUGAGCCUCCAGAGCCUCUGACCUCACGGCUGGGCUCGGCAGGUUGAUGGCCGCACUACUCCGCGCUACUCCGCGCUGCUCUGCUCUGCUGCCUCCAUUCUGCUAUGCUCUUGCUCUUCUCUUGCACUUGCACAAUCUCCCUCCCUGCUCGUGCUCUGCUUGUGUUUUGAGUUUCUCCAGACACCAUCAUACCCCCUCUGGUCCGCCUGAACAAGCCACAGCCGAUGUCCUCAAGUUUGUUGAGGACGGCUCUUCACGCCUCGUGUCUUUCUUGAACUGCUCUCGGCUGUUUGUUCCUCCCUGCAGAGCAUCCAGCCAGUCAGCAGCGCUCUUGUAGGCCGUGCCGUGCGUCAGGGCUUCGUUUCCGAAUGUUUUAUAGAAGUGGCAGAAUAAAGACCAGAAUUGUGACUAGUUCCGCCGCUUAGGAGAUUGGUACCUUUGCGAAUGGCGUCGCGCCUCGACCAGGAGGCAGCCAUGGCUGUCCUCGCACAAGCAGAGUCGUUAUUGAUACAGAGCCGCGCGGAUAACGCGCUCGCGCUGCUCGUGAAGCUCGAGCGGGCGACACCUGGCGCCAAGGGAUUGGCGGAGCUCCUCGCGGUCGCUCAGGUUCUCGCCGCUGUCGGCCACGUACCCGAGUGUCCGAGGUGUCGCCGUCCCAUUGGCCCGCUUCCAAAGGAUUACGUGGAUUGGUUCAGCGUGCUCCAGGUGGAUGCGAGGACGGACGAAGGCGGAAUCAAGAAACGAUACCGCCAAUUAGCGCUUCUGCUGCACCCGGACAAGAACAAGUCGCAGAAGGCGCAGGAGGCUUUCCGCUACGUCAAGGAGGCGCACACAGUACUGACAGACGGCAACAAGCGCGCAGUUUUCGACGCCCUGCGCUCGCGCCUGCCCCCAUGCCCCUGCUCCGCGCCUGCAGGCGGAAGGGCCAUGGGCAUGGGCGCGCAGAGGGGAGUGCAGAGGGGUGGGGGGGGAUUCAGAGCGUCGCAGGGGUACAGCUCGUACCUGUCGCCCACGGGUAACUUCCGUGGUGUGCCCAAUCGGAGCAGUAGCUACUCGUCUUUCGCCCGGAAUACUGUGGCGGGAACGUCCCCAGUGCACUCUUUUUCAUCUGCCCGAGGCAACGGGCAGCAGCAGCAGUAUCAGCAGCAGCAGCAGCAGUUCCAGCAGCACCAGCAGCAGCAAGGGGGGCGAGGCAGUGCUCCCAACCUUCACCAACAGGCGGCUUCUGGGGCGAGUUGGGCAGCGAACGAGGCUGAGCGGUUGCAGGACCUAAGGGAUCGUGCCAAGGCACGGGUGGUGUCGCUGGAGAGAGAGUGGGAGGAGAAGAAGGAGCAGUGGCUGCGAGACCUGGAAAAGGCUAAGGUGCAGCAGCAGGCGGAGCAGCAGGCGGAGCAGGAUGCAGAGGAGGGUGAGGAGGUGGAGGAGGGAGGAGAGGAGGAGAAAGAGCAGGAGGGGGUGGCGGAGGAAGGUGGGCGAGGGAGAGAGGCGGGCAGGGAAGGUGGCAAUGCCACUGCGGGACAAGAGGAAGAGGAGGGUAAAGAGGAGGGCAGGAGAGAGCAGACCGAGGAGGAGGCUGUUGCGCCUGGUGGCGCAGGCCCAGAGCAUGUCACGUUUAAGACUGGUACGUGUGAGCAGCCACCUGUUGGCUCAACGGUUCCUAUUGAGAUAGACCCAGGUCUGGAGAGCGAUUCCAUCUGGGAGCAGCUGGCUGAUCUGGUGGACGAUGCUGACGUGGACAGUGCUGACGUGGACAGUGUUGACAAGGGCGCUGAUGUCACGGAUUCUGCUGAUGCAACUGAAACUGCAAGGCUGGGGGGCGAGGAACGGAAGAGGAGAGGGAGGGAGCAGGCAGAGGAGCAGCAUGGGGAGGCAGUGGAGGUCACUUUGUCCAGUCCAGGCGGGGCUUUCACGGGCGAAAGAAAGGGAGGCAUAGGUAGCAUGGAGGGCCAAGGAAUGGGUAGCACCAAGAGCCAAGGAACGGGUAGCAUGGAGGGGGUGCGCAUGGGGGGUGGGAGUGCAUGUGAGGGGAUGGAGCGAGCAAGCAGCAUGGCGAGCAGUGGCAGUGCUGCCUCGAUGGGUGGUGCAUCUGCUGAUGGCGCGUCCAUCAGUGGAGUCUCCAUCAGCAAUGCGUCUGUCAACGGCUCGCUGGCGUCCUUCCGCUCGACCCCAUCUGGUAGGGCCGCAGCCGAAGCCAUGGCUGCUGCAGCUGCUGCCACCGAAGCUGCCAGGAAGGUUCUGGAGCGGUCCAGGGCAGUGCUGGCUAAGGCGUCAGUGCGCUCCGAUGGGAGCCCGGGGUCUGGCGGCGCAAACAGGAAUGAGUCUGAUGGGAGCUGUGGUGGUGCAGGGCAGAAGAGCAACGAGGGUGAAGGGACUACGAGCGGCGUACUUUGUCGUGAAGACCAUGUAGACCAUGCAGGCCUGGACACAGGCCAUGUAGCCGCGGGGACGACAGCAUCAGCAGCAGCAGCAGCAGCAGCAGCAGCAGCAGCACCACCACCACCACCAGACACACCAGCAGCAGCACCACCACCACCACCAGACACAGCAGCAGCAGCACCACCACCACCGCCACCACCAGACACAGCAGCAGCAGCAGCACCACCACCGCCACCACCAGACACAGCAGCAGCACCACCACCACCACCGCCACCACCAGACACAGCAGCACCACCACCACCACCACCGCCACCACCAGACACAGCAGCAGCACCACCACCACCACCAGACACAGCAGCAGCAGCAUGCCUGAGAUAUGCGGAAGAGGCAGGGGCAGGGGUUGCUGAUGGCGCAGCAGGUGCGCCAAGGGACAGCAAGGACGUGGGGAGCAGCAGGGGGAGCGGCUGCCUUGAUGGACACACAGCAGGUGAAGGGGAGCCACGGGAAGCUGAAGCCGCCACUCAAGAGAGGGGCCCCGAAGAUACAAGCACAGGUGUCGUCAGUGCUGGUCCUUCUUCCUGCAACCCUCCCCCAGGCCAUGCACCCAUUUCUCCUCCAUCGUACCCCGCCUCUACAUCGUCCCCUAGUGUCUCUGCAAGUGCUCCGGCCGCAGGGCUAGCCGCAGUCGGAAGCACUCCAGCAGCAGAGUCCCCGGGCUGCAGUACAAGCAGCAGUCCGGUUCCCAGUCGCAGCAGCGCUGGGGGUGCAACUUCCAGCAGUAUGCGCGGGAAUGAGGUGACUGGGGAUGUUCUGGAUACCCUGCAGAAGCUCAGGCGAGACACGCAGACCAUUGCUGCUUCGCUGGACAGGCUCCGGCUGAGACUCACUGCCAGGCCUGCCCCUGCGUUCCCUGCUUCUGUGUUCCCGAGUGCUGGUGCGGGUUCCAUACCGGGAGUGGCAGGGUCGCCGGUCCAAGUUCCUGCAUCGUAGGGCAUAUUACAAGGAGUUAGAUGCAGUACUUGGUGCAGGUUCGCUUGGUGACGUGAACCUGCACUGGGUGUGGGCAAAUAUCGACACAGCACUGAACCGCUUGGAAUGAACCUGUUCCGAAGCUUGCUUGCACCAAAAUGUAUAGAUGAAGCCAUUGUUGCAUGCGACAAUUGCAAGAUGCACGUGAUGAACAUGCGAGGAAAGAGUAAUAUGGGUUAAUUUGUUUUGAAUGCGUGAACCGAGCUUCCUACGAUGUACAUGU